CGAAGGAUCGUUUUGCGUUUACGGAUAAUGCUCGGCAGUAAGCAAAAUGGCGUCAUUGUGGAUGGUGAUGUCUUUGACGAUUUCUUUAUUUUUAACACCUUUUCUCAUGUUUUUGCUUGCUAUCAUCUUCUUGGCAUCUAUCGGAAAAUCACUCGGCGUUAGAAGGUUAUACAUAAAAUUGUUGCUAACACUUUUCGAGUAUGGCAGACAAAACAUUGAAAAUGUGAAGAAACGAAACGGUACGUGGAAUCAAGAUGAAGAAGAGGCGGACGAGGAACUCGAGUCGCGGCACGUUGAAAAGCAGAACGUUCAAAAUUUAAAAACCGAGAACAAAAUGCAGAAUGGAGUAUUAAGUAACCGUACCGUGAUAGCCAGGUCGAAGGAUCUGAUUUUUGUGCCCGAACCGGAAAUGCAGAAUCAGAGGAACCAUCUCGAAGAAACGAAAGCAGAGAAUUCUCAAACAUCAACGACUGUGGGUAAAAGCGAGAGCCUUAUUCGUCGAGAUUCGUUUGAAACAUUAAAACGAGAAUUCGAACCAGCAAUCUGCUUGGACUACAUCAAAGCUGGUGUAGAAGCUAUUAUUGAAGAUGAAGUAACAUCUCGUUUUGAAGCAGAAGAGCUAAAGAAUUGGAACCUGUUAACACGAACGAACAGACAUUAUGAAUUCAUUUCCUGGAAGUUAACAGUGAUAUGGAUGUUCGGAUUUUUCAUGCGAUAUUGUUUCCUUCUUCCUUUAAGGAUAUUUAUUUGUUUUAUCGGAGUGAUGUGGCUGACAGUGUGUACAGCAAUCGUGGGAUACGUUCCAGAAGGUAGUUUCAAACGAUGGCUGAAUCACAAAGUCUCUAUAAUGUGUUUUGGUAUAUUGUCGAGCGCUUUGUCAUCGGUAAUUACUUAUCAUAACCCAGAGAAUCGACCGGUUAGAGGUAUUUGCGUGGCUAACCAUACAUCUCCCAUUGAUGUCUUGGUACUCAUGUGCGAUAAUUGCUAUUCCUUGAUAGGACAAAGGCAUGGUGGGUUCUUAGGCAUUCUGCAAAGAGCCUUAGCACGUGCAUCUCCGCAUAUUUGGUUUGAACGAUCCGAGGUUAAAGAUAGAGAAGCAGUUACGAAAAGAUUGAAAAAACAUGUAUCUGACCCUACAAACCCACCGAUACUUAUUUUCCCGGAAGGAACGUGCAUAAAUAACACAUCAGUUAUGCAGUUUAAGAAAGGUAGUUUUGAGGUCGGAGGCGUUAUUUAUCCAGUUGCAAUAAAGUACGAUCCAAGGUUUGGGGAUGCGUUCUGGAAUAGUAGUCGGUACUCGAUGAUACAAUACUUAUACAUGACUAUGUCAAGUUGGGCUAUUGUUGGCGAUAUUUGGUACCUUCCGCCGAUGUACAGAAACGAAGGAGAGAGUGCUAUUGAUUUUGCAAAUAGAGUAAAAGCUGUGAUAGCAAGACAAGGAGGAUUAGUUGAUUUGCAAUGGGAUGGUCAACUUAAGAGAACAAAACCAAAAAAAGAAUGGAAAGAAAAGCAACAAGAGGAGUUUAGUAAACGACUAAAAGUCGAAUAAUUCGAGUCAUCUCUAGUCGCACUUUUAUGAUCGAUAUAAUGUGUGAUAUUUUGCUUAACUGAGAAUAUUUUACCUGAUGUGCUGUUUUGUCUUCUUUGUGGAUGUCUGUCUGUACGAAGAGGGAAGGAUAGCUCGUAUGCAUGAUUUAGUUUCUUUAAUUUCACAAAUGUGGUACGCUGUCUUUUAUUAAAUUAAUUGUUCUAUAUUCUGAAAAAUCGAUAAAUUUAUACAUAUAAAAAUACUUCAGGUUAUGAAGUAGAAUUUGUAAUUCACUUGUAUAAACAAUUCGACUUUUAAUUAUUCUAUUACAGCGUAAUAUUUAUCUUCUUUCUUUUUUUGUUAGAAACAAAUAUUACCAAUAACAAAAGAUAUUGUAGUGUAAAAUUUGUUCUUAGUAUUAUGAUUAAAGUUAAAUAACUUCAGUGCAGCAAGUACCAUAUUUGUCAUUUUUAAUAACGAGAUUCUACAGUGAGGCAUUAUAAAUUUCUUAUUUAUACAUAAUGAAGUGUUUAAUAUGGAAUGGUAUGUCAUAGUGUGUGAUUUAUUGUGUGCAUGAAUGUAUGUAGCAUCUCAGUCAUUCUACUCGAAUUCUUACAUUUCUAAAUCACCUCAUUAACUCAUUACUUUGAUACAUGGAGUUAUAUCCAUCUGAUAUUAUAUAGGAAAAAUUGCAUUUUUUUUUCUUUUUGUAAAAAUGGUAAGGCAAAAUAAUAUCUCCAUUGUAGUGUAAAAAUAAACUAUUUAUUCAUAUUUCUGAAUGAAAGAAGUUAGAAUGUAACAGGGUUAUGCUACUGUACCCAUCCCCUGAAGAUUAUUUUAGGUAUCAUUCAUUGCAAUCCAGUUAAGAAUGUAUUUUAGAUGUUUUCUAUUUUUAUAAUUAAUAUUAUCAAAAUUUAAAGGAUGAAGCAUAUGCAUACAUAAAAAUAUACAUUUAUUGUAUAUUUUACUAAAGAAAAAAGAAAAAAAAAUCGGGAAUCAGAAUACAUCAUUCAUUGUUCAUGAAUGUUGUGAACAGGUUGUUAAUUUUCUAGUAAAUAUUAUAAUUAAUUUUAGGUGUCAUACAUAAUAUAGUUUUAUUACUUUUUGGGGACUUUUAGUUGAAGAACUAAACAUUAAAUAAAAGAUUAGGUAAUAUAAUUCAUUUAUUGUGUCAGAGAUGUAUAUUUCCAUGCAAGCUAGGCUUCCCUCGUGUAAGGGGAAAUAUAAAAGAAAAAGUCUUCUAUCAUUCACCAUCAGUUACUGUAAUUUCCUGUUAGCCUCGUAUGAAUAAGAAUAAAAAUAAAUCGAACGAUUGAUGGGAGACCUCUCCCCCUAUAUUUCCCCUUAACCGAAGAAGGUUAAUCUUUGACACAGAAAAAGUUAAUACAUUUUAGUAAAAAUAAAGUUUAAUUGAUUGCACUGAGAUUGUAAUAAUGUAUAGAUAAUAAAAUAUGUAAUAUAUUAUAGACGCUGAAAGCUGUUACAAGAACUUAUUUAAAAUGUCAAAUUGUUAGUUAAACGAAUAGAAUUAUUUAGUUUGGUAAUUAGUUUAGAAAUUCGUUCAUUUAAGAAUUAUGGUGCUAUAUGCAAUGUCAUUGUUCAAUUUUUUAUAUAAAAAAAAAGCAUUAAAAUAUAUUUUUAUAGCAAUGAAUAUAUAAAAAAAUAUAUACAGCAACAAAACUGAAAAAGAAAGACAUCAUGUACCUGUCAUAUAAGUUUGACAGUAGCAUUAAAUGUUAUUUGGAAUAUGUACCAAUGCCUCAAUUGUAACUCUGCUUUGAUUAGAUAUUAAAAGUACUGUAUAUACAAUGAAA